AAAACUUUAUAAAACCAACUUAGGCUUUGCAGUUCGAGUAAAUUCUCGAUACUUUUCAAUUAUUCAAAAGUUGGUUUAGUCUCUUAGCGGUGGUUCCUCUGCGAACUAAGGACUGUAUUCAGUAUCGUUAAAAACUUUCCCUGUUAAGCUGUAAGGUGAAAGCUAAACUGUACUGGGAAGUUACUCAACGACGUUCAUGGUUAGGUGAUCUUGAUUUGAUUUAAUCCGUCAGUGAAAAAAUAAAAACAAAACAGUUUCGAGAUGAGAGAAUCGUGAUGCUAAUUUCGUUUGUUCAUGGAAGACUAACCUCAAGCGAUUUCGACGCUUAGCUUAAUUGGAGACACCUGAUCGUUGGAGCGCAAAUCAUUCGUCUCGUCAGAAUGGUGAUACGACCAAAGUCAGAUUCCAUGAGCGCCGUCAUAAGUAAAGACUUGAAGUGCAUUCCCGCAAUGAAAGGAGUGGGAAUCUGGAUGCUGUUCUGCUUUAGUUUGGUAAGGUUCAUUUCAAGCGAUUUGAAUGCGCUUAAUGGACAGCAUUUGGUCGUCGGGACGCAGGUAACAUUGGUUCACCUUUACGUGGUGAGAAACAGUUCCGGCUAUAUCACUGAAAUGAAAGGUGUAACAGCCGAGACUAUCAAAGUUUUGUCGCAACGCUUUAAUUUUACAUACUCGGUUCUGCAAGUAAACGAUAGUCUUAUAGAAAGGCAAAAUGAAACUCUGCUAGGCCUCGCUUACUAUAUUGCAAACGGAAAAUGCGACGUAAUCAUUGGACCCAUAGUGACGACGCCUAAACGAUCCAACACUAUGGAAUUUGCUAGCGGAUUCAUGUACACAUCUGGUGCUCUUCUAAUUCCUAUGCCAGAGCCUUUGGACAAUGUAGCUGCCGUUGCGAAACCUUUCCAGUUAUUGGUUUGGAUCGCAAUAUUGAUUGCAAUGCCCAUAACGACCAUCGCAAUCUACUUUUUCAUUCGUCCGAUAAACUGUAUGGAGAAUGUUGCCAUGGAACAAUCGGUCGACGGAAGGAUCCGUCGUAUUCCACAGACUGCUGGUCGAGUAUUCUUUGAGAUUUUCCGAAUUAUCAUAAACCAAGGAGGAUACUUUCCUGGAAUGCGAAUUGCCGUUUAUUUUGUUGCGGGUUCUUGGUGUUUGGGCGCCUUGGUUCUUGUUUGUUCCUACAGCAGUCUCUUGACGUCUUACGUCUUGGGCUCAAACGCUGAACUGCUGGUUGAUUCACUCGAAAACCUUGCUGCAGACUCAAACGUCAAACUUGUUGUUGACAAAGGGCUUGCUGUAGAUAUCGUCGUUUCGGCUGCGGCAGAUGGACUCUACAAACAACUGGGCGAUAAAAUGCGAUCUCAGUCGAAAUCCCGUUGUGUGUCGUUUACUGAAUGCAUUGAACUCGUGAAGUCUGGAUCUUACACUUACCUAAAUGGUCUUGAAGUAAUUCUCAACGCCAUCGAUGAGGAUUACAAGACCACUGGAAAAUGCAAUCUCGCAUUAGCCAGGAAACCGGAAUCGGUUCCCGGAUCGUUGGGUUGGGCACUGCCCAAAAAGAGUCCCUACACGAGUUCGUUCACCAAAGGGUUCAUGGAGUUGCAUCAAGCCGGACUGAUUGAGAUGUGGACCGAAAGGGAACUGCAAAAACGAAGAAACGUCACUUAUUGUUUGAACGAGGCCCGUAAUAGGCAGCAGCGCAAGAUAACCAAUAAUUUGACAAAGAUCACUUUGAAGAACUUCUCUGGCGCAUUUUACGUCUUGAUAAUCGGCUAUUUUCUUUCUUUAAUUUGCUUCAUCGGCGAAAAUGUUUAUUUUAAACUUUCCAAACAUCAGAAAUCGUCCACGGACUGCUUGGAAUUGGAAAUUAAAGUCGGACAACAUCAAGAUUUAUCAAUUCAAGAUCAGGCCGAGGGGUCGACAAUAAUCCAGGCAAAAGACAAAAUCUGAAUUUUACCAUAACCGCAGACAGAUAUGUAACAUCUGGAGACGCUACUCAAAUUUGGAUGGCAUUUUAUUUGGAGAACGAUUCGAAAUUUAGGCAACUUUUCUAACGAUUUUGAAGUUUUUUGUUUGUUUGUUGUUUUAUUAUUUCUUAUUGUUAUUCUCUUAAGCUAUUAUAGAAGUAUACUUCUUUAUCAUUUCGUAUUUUAAAAGAGCAUUUUCUUUUUUGUCCUGUAGAUUUUAUUUUGUGCAGUUAUUAAGUAGGCUAAUCCCUAAAUACUUUCUAGUAAUUAUUCUAGUACUCCAAAGGGGUAAUGAAUUUAAACAGGAUUCUAUCGCUUCUGGUCCCAGCACAGUUGUUGCAUACCAAUACAUGCCGUCACCUCAUAUAAAUUCGGUAUUAUUUACCGUCAAUUUGAUUGUAAACACUGAUAUCUACUCACAGCUUACCUGCAAAUGAAUGUUUAAGUACUUGGUGCAUAAACCCCCAUAUCCUGGUCCUUAUCUUAACAUCUCCCUUAUCAGGCUAUAUAAUAAAUGUGUGUUUCUCAAAUUA